AUGGCUGCCGAGCGCCCCGCGCCCGUCCGCGCGGGCUACUCGCCGGCCAGCGGCACGGACUCCGAGCUGGGCGACGUGGAGGCCGAGCCGGUGGCGGCGGGGCCGCCGGUGCGCUGGGCGUCGGUCCGCGCGGGCUACUCGACGGCCAGCGCCACGGACUCUGGCGGGGACGCCGGGCCGGCGCCGGCGCUUUCGGAGCCUCGGUGCGCCUCGCCGCUGCGGGGGCGCCUCGGCGGCGGGGCCCGCCGCGUGCUGGCGCAGUGGCGCGCCCUCGCCACGGGCGCGGCGGCGCUCGCCCUCGCGGGCGCGUGCUACGCCGCUCACCGAGGAGCCGCGGGGGCCGCGCGGCGGCCGCACCGGGCGGAGCUCGGCACCGAGGACCUGAUCAUGGAGCAGCAGGGCCCCGCGUGCGGCCCCGUGCUGCAGGACUACGACUUUCCAGGCAACGACGUCGCGUGGCACGAGGGCGUGGAGAGCCCCGAGGUGUGCUGCCAGCUGUGCGCCGGCGGCGCUGGCUGCGAGGCCUGGGCAUACGAGGUACCCUCGCACAGGUGCUUCCUGAAGGGGGGGAUCCCCUUCGGCAUGAUGGCCAGCGCCCAGCACGACGGCUGGAUCUCCGGGGGCGUCAUCCGCCCUGCGGCGCCGCAGGGUGGCCCUCCCCUGACGGCCAUGGAGACUCCGAGGGGCCUGGGCGCCCCGGCGCCUGGGCAGGGCGAGCCCCCGCCCGGCGUCCUCAGCAACAUCCGCGGGCUGCUGGCGGGGCUCUUCCAUCAAGCCCCGCAGGCCUCCAGCAGCCCACCGCCGGCGCAGGCCGUGGUCCCGGUGUUCACGCCGCCGCCCCCGGUGCUGCAGGCGCCCGCCAGCACCACCGCCGCACAGUGCGGCCAGGUGGAGGACGGCGUGGACUACCCCGGCAACGACCUGGAGAGGGUGUCGGAGGUGGGGAGUGCGGAGCUGUGCUGUCAGGAGUGCGCCGGCAACGAGGAGUGCAUGGCCUGGAGCUUCCAGGCGCCCGAGUCGGCGUGCUUCUUGAAGGGCGCGUCUCCCAGGGCCACGAUCACAAAGGUCUCGAACGAGGACUUUACGUCUGGCAUGCCCACGCAGGUCGGCCGCAGCAUCGAGGCGGUGGAACGCCCCGCUGGUCAGUCGCUCUACUGCUUCGCGCUUAUGGUGCCCGACACCUACGAGGCCGGGCUGCUGGACAUGCAGUACGAGGAGGGGAUCAGCUUAUUCGACUGUGACGAGUACGCCGUGAUCACCAACCGGAAUCUGAAGAUCGCCGACAAGGUUCAGGCCAUUAAGGUCAACAGUGACCUCAAGUGCACGAGCGGAGGCGAGUUCCAGACGGCGAUGAACACGGACAUCUUUUUGACCGUCUGGGCCAAGGUGAUCGAGCUGGACAGAUACAGCCGCCACGACUGGACUGUGAAGGUGGACGCGGACUGCGCUUUCUCGCCGACUCGACUUCGGAGCCUGCUGCAAAGCCGCGUUGAUAGCGCAGAGGGCGUUUACCUGAACAACUGCAUGUUUGGCCUGCACGGCCCCCUGGAGGUGCUGUCGCGGAACGCGGUGGAGGUGUUCGCUGCGGGGCGUGCCACCUGUGCGGCGCAGCUCGCGGAGAAGUGCGGCGGGCCUUGCCAGUGGGGCGAGGACAUGUACCUCGACCAGUGCCUGCAGCUGCUGCGCGUCCGGAGGGAGUACGAGCAGCGCCUGCUCACGGAGGAUCACUGCGAGCCCCCACUGGGCUGGGACUCCUGCUCGGGCCCGGGCGUCGUGGCAUUCCAUCCCUUCAAGGACGCCGACAAGUACAAGGAGUGCGUUUCUGCGAUGGCCUCCUGA